AUUGAAUUGAUUUAUUUACCGUUAUUGUUAUUGACCACUGGUCAGGGUUGUUGUCAAGUUAUAACUAGUCAUAACAAGAAAACAAACAAAAUCUAACCAUAAAAGUAAAAAUCUUAAAGAACAUUCACAAAACCCUCAUAGCUUUUGGACGUUGUUUAUCUCACAUUUAAAAAAAAAACAAAAUGAACGGCGGAGAGUUAGAUUUGAUUAACAGGGAUCCUAAUGGAGUUAAUUCUCAUUUAGGGACUUUGCAUUUCAAUGACGUAUUUGGAGAACCUGAUGGGGUACACAGUAUCGAUUGCGUAUGGAAAAUAUCAGCCAAAUGUUUCGACUGCUGGAAGCUGCUUUGUUACAACAUUAUGACCAUUUUCUAUGGUAUCUGUAUUGCUGCUGAAUGGGGAUGUGAAUUUGCUAUUAUCGCUUUCUACCAUAUCUGGAUAAUUUCUCCAUGCAUGAAAAUCAUCGAAAUCAACUGUGGAAUUUGCCAGAGAAUCUAUGCUUCAGUAAUUAACUGUUGUGUUGUUCCAUGUUGUGAGGCUUGUGGAUCACUCUUCCAUGCUUUCAAAAAAUAAACGCAAGCAUGAAAAACAAUUGUACUACUGAAUGCACUAUUUAUUCUACUGUGUUUAAAAAAUGAACUGAGAUUAUCGUCAAAGUAUCUGUGAUAAAAGGAAGAUGGUCUGUGAUCAAACGAUUUUUGGACAUACAUCUGUCCUCACAGAUAGCUUACAUAAACAAUUAACCGUCCACAAGUCCAUUGAGGGGAUAUAUUUAAUGUAUAUAUAAUAAAAAAAUAUAUAUGUUAAAAAGUU